AUGAUUCACAAUUACAAAGCCGAAGAAAUAGCCACUUGUUUGAACCAUUCACGUGUACUUUAUAUUGGUGACUCUAUUAUGCGUGAACAAUUUUAUUCGAUGAACAAACUUACGCAUUCAUUGGAUAUUGAAGGUCCUUUACAUAUUGAUCGCAAAUAUAUUUCAGAAAAGCAUGGUCUGGUAUAUGAAUUUUGGUGGGAUCCUUAUAUCAAUCAAACACGUACUAUAGAUUUACUAAAAGGACAAGAUACUACAGGUGAUAAACCAAGUUUACUCGUUAUUGGUUCUGGUAUUUGGUACGAACGACGAUUGUCUGACGAUACUUAUCUGGAUGAAUGGAAACGUGCUGUUGAUCGUGUAUUUGAUGGAGUGCAAUCCACUGAUACUAUUGCUGAUGCUGUUAUGCUUUCUCCUGUGGAAAUUCCUCAAUUUGACCGUCUUAACGCUGAUAGACAACGUUUACUCACUUUGGAUAAGACAACCAUCAUGAACAACUACUUGCAUCAACGCGAAUUAUCCGUCCGUCCGAAAUUACCUUUUGCUGUUGCUUUUGUAUGGAACACUAUUGCUACUUCUACUGUCAACAUCACUUUGGAUGGAUUACAUUAUUUAUCACCUGUUACCACCCCACAAGCUCAAAUCGCUUUGAAUUAUAGAUGUAAUCAACAAUUACCGAAACACUAUCCUAUCGAUACCACCUGCUGUAUUAUUUAUCCCUCUCCUCGUUGGUAUCAAUCCAUCUUUUUUGUUUUGUUCUUGGUUUGGGUACCUCUAGGCUUUUUCUUCAUUGAUUCCACAAAGACAUGGAUCCGGAGAUUAUGUCCUUCCAAUGAUCUCAAAACAUUGACAUCUAUUUUUAUCUUUGGUUUGGGUGUUCUUUACAUGUAUAUGGGUGAUCGAACGCAACUAUUCUCGAAAAUGCACAAAGACUUUGACCCGGUGACAUUUACAAUCCAAAUGCUUUGUGUUGGUUUGAUUGGAUUGAUCUCUAUGACUCGACAACCUGAUGAAGAGGGUGAUCAAGGCUUUUUGAAUCGUGGACAAACAGAUGAAUGGAAAGGAUGGAUGCAACUUGUGAUCCUUGUUUAUCAUUUUACUGGUGCUUCCGGUACACCAGGGAUUUACAAUGUAGUACGAAGUUUAGUGGCAGCUUAUCUCUUUCAAACUGGUUAUGGACAUUUCUUCUUUUUUUACAAAAAGAAAGAUUUUGAUAUAGCUCGGUUUCUUAAUGUGAUGGUGCGUCUGAAUCUACUUACUUUUGUCUUGAUGUACUUGAUGAACACGGACUAUCUUAGUUACUAUUUCACACCUUUAGUCUCACUCUGGUUCCUGGUGAUCUGGAUCACGAUGUAUGUUGGUCAUUCAUAUAAUCACAAGGUCUGGUUCCUUUUGAUCAAGAUGGUUGUGAUGUGUGUUCUUACAACAACAAUGAUUCAUGUGCCUGGUGUGCUUGAAACAACAUUUGAUAUCCUAUCCAAGGUGGCAAACAUCCAUUGGCAUGCAGCAGAAUGGCGAUUCAGGUUGGGUUUGGAUGCUUACAUUGUUUAUGUCGGUAUGUUAUUUGCUUUAGUAACCAUCAAAAUCAAAGAACACAAGAUUGUGCAGGAACAAUCAACAGCCAGUUUCUUUGUGCUCAAAUGGGUCACGGUCUGUAUAGCCGCUCUCAGCAUGAUAUGGUACUUUUGGUUCGAACUACAACAACCCAAUAAACAAGCUUACAACGCACGACAUCCUUAUAUUUCAUGGAUCCCCAUCUUGGCCUUUAUCCUUCUUCGAAACGCUACUUUGUUUUUACGCAACACACAAUCUCGAUUCUUCAUGUGGAUCGGCAAAUGUUCCUUGGAAACAUUUAUCGGACAAUUUCAUAUGUGGUUGGCAGCUGAUACCAAAGGUUUACUUGUAGUGAUUCCAUCUGAUUGGAUUCAUCAUUUGGGUGGUACUGAUUGGGGAUGGUGGCUCAACUUUGUAAUAUCUAGUAUCUUGUUCUUAUGUAUAUGUGACUAUCUCAGUCAAGCUACUGGUACUUUGACAGGAUGGAUUUGUCGGUAUUUGACUUUUACACCAACGACAACAACAACAACUGACACUAAUAGUAAGGAUGAAUUCAUUGUGCGGGAUCAUGGUGAUUAUCAAGCUGUUCCUUUAUUGGCAACCAGAACCAGCAGUGAAAUGGUAGAUAAAGAAGAAGAAGAAGUGGAAGAUAUGCUUAGUUUGGAAGAAGAAAUGAAUACUUGGCAACCAACUCCUUCAAGAUGGAAACGAUGGGCUACUUCUGUUUGGUAUGAUGCAAGAUUCAAGUCUAUUGUUUUUAUUCUGGUCAUGACCCUUGUUAAUCAUUUAUGUUAG